ACACAAGCGGCUGCAGCUCGACUAGAGAUCCCGUGGCUUUUAAUUCCCUCACUACUUUUUUUUUUACCCUCCUUCGAUGUGCCCCGUUAUUGCCAUUUGUCUCAGGCGUUCAUUUCCGCACCUGCCACAGUAGAGACCAGGCGAAGGCGAGGUAGAGGAGGAGACAAGGACAUUGCGAGAGCCGGGAGAGGCAGACGGUAGAGAUAGCAGCGGCGACUCGUUUGAGAUCUUAAAGGACAAAAAUGCUGCUCUGGACCAGAAUCGUAUUGGUCGGUCUCAUCUGCUUGUCCUUGGUGUCCUCUGGGAUGGGAUGCGGGCCGGGCAGGGGCUACGGCAGGAGAAGACACCCGAAGAAGCUGACACCUCUUGCGUACAAGCAGUUCAUCCCCAACGUGGCGGAGAAGACCCUCGGGGCAAGCGGCAGAUACGAAGGCAAGAUCACAAGAAACUCCGAGCGAUUUAAAGAACUGACUCCAAAUUAUAACACAGACAUCAUUUUCAAGGAUGAGGAGAACACCGGUGCGGACCGGCUAAUGACUCAGGUAAGGAGACUGAAUUCUCUCUCUUUUUUUUUCUCCUCCUAACGCACCAUCACUGCGCACUGCAACAACCUCCUUGUCAGACUGAUUGCGCACCUUAAGUGAAGUCUGUUUUACCCGCUGCUGAACUCUCAGCCCGAGCAUUUUAACUUCACUGUAAAAAGCAGAUGCGCUUUCUGCAGCAGCAUGGGAGUUUUCAGCGGCUGCAGGCUGGAGGCGAAUGGAGAAAUCCAGCUGGAGAAGUGAUGUGCAGGCGGACAGUCAGGACACUCGGCCUUCAUGAUUGUGACAGUAGAUUUAAAAUAUUAAUGUGCCCCUCUCCUCAUAUCUAUAUUUGUAUCUUUGUGGGGCUCUAUUUGUUGUCUUUCAGGAGCACAUCCAUGCUCCUUGAACACAGGCUGUAUUUGUUGCUUAUUUCUACUAAACAUUGCAGGUGGCUUUAAGCGCCUUUUCUUUUAUUCUGAAUACAGAGAGCUGCUGAUGCGCACCGCUUCAAACAGCCGGGUUUAUUCAGGCAUGGCGUGGCUCAUUCAGACAUUUUCUCGCAGAGGCUGCUGUAAUUUAGCCUUUCGCAUGGUGUGCAGCAGCGCGUGAAGACAGUGACAUUUCUUUGAGAGUGUCCUGAACACUAUCAGGACUUCAUUUCUGGGUGGGACUCGGUCAAUUAUAGGAGCGAGGCGCACGGGGGGUGAUGGAGCCUGACUUGCACGGAUGAUGACAUCUUUCUUUAAAUACUCCAUCCUCAUGUAGGCAGUUAGUUAUCAAAGCUCGCGCUGUGCAGAUAAGACCAGGCUGAGAAUACAUGACAGAGAUGUAGCCUUGAUUUCUCUCCAGGCUGCAGGAUGCCGCGUCUCUCCAGCAUGACUUUUAGCACUCAGAUGCUGGUGAAUUAUUAAAGGCGCUUGGGUGAUAUCGGCUCAGUAAUAAUAAAAAUGCCGGUGGUGGUGGUGGUGGUGGUGAUGGUGGUGGUGGCGAUGGAGCCAGGCGCGCGCCGGAGUCCCUGAACCCGUGCCUCGCACCAUGCAUGAGCACGAGCUGCGAUGAAAUAUUCACGGUGCGUGCGGGCUCGGCGUCCCUCUCAGCCCUCCCCACAUCUCCUCUGAGAGACACCUAUAGCUUCUCAUACGCACAGAGCGUGGAUUCAAAGGCGCGUGGGGAUGUGAUGGGCAAACUGGGGUUCAGAGAGCCCACUCGGAUUUCUCAAGGAGUUUCUAAGAUCUCCCUUCAUACAGUUAUAAGACGUUCAUUUUAUUCACCACAGAGACGAUUUAGUGACAUAUGUCUGCGAGGCUUUAAGCUGAGUAAAACACACCACCUGCUGUUGUGUUUACAGGUCUGUAUCAAAUCAUUUAUGCGCACAUGGAGUCCCUCGGAUAAUCUGGGAUUAUAUGUAUGGCCUCUGUUGGAGAGAGCUGUCUACUUCAUUGCCUAAAAAUCACGUCUUUUUGAGACUGCUGAUUAUUUGACUGAUUCACUUUUAAAAUUGUAACAAUAGUCGUGUCUGGUGUAUCCUCGCCUUCUCAAUCAGCAUCCUUGCCUUGUGUCUUAAGAAAACACAACAUCAGCCUCCGAGAGACAUUUACAUGUAAGUGGUUUUGGGUGCCCCUAACCGAGCUCGAAACGCAAUUUGAACUUCUGACCUUUGGUCAGCGGGAGUUCAUGCUGAGUGAAAACUGGUGAAAUUGUCCUUUUGGACAUGAAUUUCAGGAAACCUGCUUUAAGGGUUAUACAUCUAAAAGAGGACUGUGACUUUUCCUUGUGAUAUUCUGCCGGUGGAUAAGUGUUAUCACAUGGGGGUUCACGCUGUGCUGUGCGGCCGUUGCCUUGUUCUACGGCUUUACGCAUGACCAGUGUGGGAUUUUACGCACGGAAUUUUACGCACUAAUAAAGUGGGCUCUUUCUGUUGUUUCAUAUUUUAUGCAAUAUAUGUUGCAAUUAUGAAACGGGGCUCGUGUCUGAUUCAGUUCAAUUAUAUGUGACAAUAACUGAAUAGUUUUUAAUAUGUUUAAUUAUAUAUUUGAUACUUUGCUGCAUUAAUCUCCUGCUCCCGUAACUAUAAAGACGCAGCUCACUUCAGGAAAGCUGCCAAAAGAGGCGUGUUACAGCUGUUUACAGAUGUUUCUUGGGAGUUUUGGGGCCUGAGAUGAACAGGGGCAUCCUUUAUACGAAAAACCCCACAAAUUGUUGCCCCUCGUUUGGUCGUUUUGGUAUGACAAUAUGAAGGGGAGAUGCGCUGAUGCAGCAGUGGGAUUCGUGGUUCUGCCGAUUAAAAGUUUUUCAGGUAAACUUUGGUUUUCUUUAGGAAUUCAAAUAGACAAUUUUAAAACAGAACUGUGUGCUAAUUAGAUCAGAUGCGUUGGUAAUCUCCAGUGUAACCCUUAAAAGAAAAGAUUAAAUGGCUUUUUAAGGUGUAUUUUUGUUGCACUGUCAGGCUCCAGCAGUCUCUGCCCAAAGUGCAAACUCGCCGGCAAAGACAAGAGCUGGCGGCUUGUUUGCACUGACAGGUAGCUGAUAAGUGUUUCCUCUAACCAAAUCAUUUGUGAAAAGAUUAACAGGGAGGCUGUUGAACAACUUUACCCCGAGCACAAAGCGCCGGUCUGGGGCGCCCUGCUGCGCUUCACGGUGGCUGAGCAGAAUUUGGCUUGAUUUGCGGCACACGACCUGAUGAAUUAAUAAAUAGGUUAAGCUUUACGGCUCUUGACUCUGACAAUCCCACUCUGAAUGUGGGAGGAUUUUUUUGAGGGGUCCGUUUUUUGUACAACACAUUCUACAAGUGUGAUAUCCUCUUAAAACCCACACUGAUAUAUGAGGUGCCUCUUCUUUUUUACCCCAACUUGUGAACAUUCUUGCUUCAGGACGCACACAGGCUGUUCAUAAGAGAAAAAGGACAGUGGGUCACACACACAGACGCUCCUCUGUAUGGCCGCACAACCCCUGGAUAUUUCACAAGUCUGUCAGUCAGCAGCCAAAACACCUCGACUUAAGGAGGCAUGUCACGUCUUCAGGACUUUGCAGGAGAGGGAGAAUGAAAGUUUCCCUCCGCAGCUGCUCUGAAAAGCCUCUUUGUGAUGUUUUAUUUGACAUAUUGCUUGAGUGUCGAGAAUAGUUGUCUUGGAGAAGGCCAAGCAUCUUCAUUGAGAGCGCGCGCGAGACAGGGAGAGGUUGGGGUGCGACGACUUAUUUAUAGGACAACUGCCAGAUAUUUGGAGGCAGCAGCUGCUCUUGAAGAUCAUCUUCAUAUCAUCUGUAUAUCAAUUAUUGAUUAAAAGAAAACAGACAAGUUGCAACCAACAAAAAGGACGCGCUCAUUUCGUGGCCUUAAUACAAACUCAUGAAUUUGUAAUGUAUGCAUGUUGUGCUCGCUGCAACUCUUUUGGAGAGGAAGGAAGGGGAUGCUGCUCGCACCUUUCCAAGACCAAAGACCCAUAUGUUAUAGGCCAGUGAAGCGAAUGCGGUGCCUUAUCAAUAUUUCAUCAGCAGCUUUCUUAUCCGAGAUGUGCCCUCUGACGCUGCUGCUCACACUGACAAAUGUGAGCUCACAUCCAGGUUCAGAGAGGCAGCUCGGGCUCAGAGUUUCACCUCAACAUGGGAGGAAUUUAAGGGCGGCAGGUGGGGAUGGGGAGGCGAGGAGGAAAUCUCACUCUUAUAUUUUUAUGGUUACCACUUAGAGGAUCAAGAAAACAAACCAUUUGGAGAAUGAAACACCAGGAAAACUUUCAUUUGUGGCGCUUGUGGUCUGAUGGUUUGUUUCUCCUGCCUAUUAGGUUGUGUUUUACCAACCAAGAGCACUUCUUUCUCUUGCCAGAACACACAGCGUCAGAAUCAGAAGGCUCUGGAAGCAAAGGUUUAGCCAAAGAUCCCAGACUGUCGCACAUUUUACGCACCUGGACACCUUAAUGCUCCAAACUAUAACGCACAACAGGUGACCAAGUGCCUCAUUCUGUCUUUUCUCCCUGCAGAGAUGUAAAGACAAGCUGAACUCUUUGGCCAUCUCGGUGAUGAAUCAAUGGCCCGGGGUGAAGCUGAGGGUCACUGAGGGCUGGGACGAGGACGGACACCACUUCGAGGAGUCGCUCCACUACGAGGGCAGAGCCGUGGACAUCACCACCUCAGACAGAGACAAGAGCAAAUACGGCACUCUGUCCAGGCUGGCUGUGGAGGCCGGAUUCGACUGGGUGUACUACGAGUCCAAAGCGCACAUCCACUGUUCCGUGAAAGCAGGUACGACCAUGUACACUGAGUGGGCACUGUGAGGUGGGAAUGAUUAGAUUUGAACCAGUGCACUUGGGAUGAUGUAAAAGAGAGGGAAAGCUUUGGUCUUUUCUGAAAGUUUCUGCCAAAAAAGUUUCAUAAAACGGAUUUGAUGAUCUGUGUUGAAGGCACAAUAGCCCAAUAAAAGGAGGGUGAUAAUUUUACGCAUUAAGGGCUCUUAAAAACGGCAUUUUAAUGACCACUGAGAAGGAUGAGCAGAAAUGCGUAUAAUUUCGUUUCUAUUCUACAUCCAUGACAUUUUAUGAACGAAUAAUCCGCAUCCAGUCAGCGAUAAAUCAGGAGAACGUGCCCUCAGUGAUUGUCUGAUGAGGUAAUUACAGUACAGAGACCCCCACGUUUUAGCGCAGUCAUUCAUUUUGACAUGAUUUGUGUAUUAUGAAAUCUCUUUCUAUGAAUGAUGUAUGGGCGCAUCUCUGCCUGUAGGCUUGUGACUGAACAUUUCCCAUGCAGCUUUAUUUUUUGAUCUUACAUCGCCCCACACUGUCUCCUGGUGGGAACCACGACCACAAUCUAACAAGGCUCCUCGGUGUGACCUAGAAAAGUAGAUCAGAUUGUUCUCUGGAUUCUUACGCGCAAGUAUGUUGCUUUUUGGGUAAUAGGGGAUUUAAUUGGAUUUAGUUAUAUAAAGGAUCUGAAAAUGUUUGGGGAAAAAACGCAUUCCCCUUCAGAUUUUACUUCUCUCAGCUCUAAAAUCCAGUUUUAUUUUGACAUAUUGUUCAUUUCGGCUGUUAUUUUAGUUGAAAUAAUCUUCACUCAGCUAAAGGACACCUAUUGCGCUUAGAAAACACUCCUUCACACUGACUGAUGCCACUUUCUACAGCUUCUAAGAGCAGACUUUAUUGAUAAAUCCCUUACUUAUCAUUCAGCACACACGUUUUGAGAUCACAGCAUGGGCCGGGCCGACGUGUCAUUAGGGGUCAUGCGACUUUACCAAAAGGAUUUGGCUGGAACAAUGUUGAAUUGGUCGAGCUAAAUCUGGUUUUCAGUUGUCACCUUAUUUCAUGCUUGGGAAUCUAAAAAGAAGAUUAAAAGCCCCCAAAUUGUGAGUAGGAAACCCCUUUUUUCCCCUGUCUGUGUACACGGACAGUGUGAUCCUAGAAACUGGUAUGUGAAGAGCGCCACCAAGGCCAAAAUUAUUGUCAUCAGGACUGACAACAAAGCAGGGAGAGGUGGUGGAGAGAGGGGACAUUGAUGUUGCACAACAGAAAGCAUUUAAGGGUCCGGGCCCUCAUUUAAAUUCAAAUCUACAUCUCGAGAGGCUUGGAAAAGUGGCUCCGCUGGGUAAAUAGUAGUUGUGAGUCGCCUAUUUGUGUGAAUUGUCACAUAGAGGUUUCUGCACCUGAGUAAAUAUGGGAAGAGGAGCUGGGAAAGGCGUAAGUGUUCUUUACCGAGAGUCGCUCGAUCCACAAGCUGAUUUAGAAUAACAAUGGCUGCCCUUUAUUGGGUUUUUUAAUUAAGAAUAGAUGAGCCAAGGCUUUCAGUUUUUCAAGUCUCAGACAACGUGGGCCAAGCCAAUACGCAUUUGGCAGACAGGCAUCAUUAUGCAAAAUGCAUAUGGCCCACCAUGAUGUGUGUAGGCAGGAAAAAUACAAAUACGAGCAAAAAAAAGAGGGAGGUUUCUGAAUGGGCUUUUGAAUAGUGGCUGAAAAAGUAGCUCAAAGCACCUGUGAUUGAUUUCUUAGGUCCUGAAAAGGUUUUUUAAAACUGCUGGUUUUGGGUAUUUUCAUGUGAGUAACUGCCAGUAAUAUAAUUUGUGGUAAAAUUGAGACAUGCAUGAUUUUAUCUUAAAGCCAUAAUCUUUGUUUUGACAGAAAACUCAGUGGCUGCGAAGUCAGGAGGCUGCUUCCCAGGAUCCUCCACGGUAACCCUGCAGGAUGGCACCGAGAAGGCGGUCAGAGAUCUCCAAAAGGGAGACAGGGUCCUCGCAGCAGAUGAUGAUGGAAACCCCAUCUACACCGAUUUCAUCAUGUUCAUAGACCGAGACUCGACGACCAGGAGGCUGUUCUACGUCAUUGAGACAGACCUGGGCCACAGAAUCACCCUAACCGCCGCGCACCUCCUCUUCGUCAGCCAGAACAGCACGGAAGGAGAGCGGAUGUCUGCGGUGUUCGCGAGCCAGGUCCAACCGGGACAAAAGGUGUUCGUGUUUGACGCCGAUCGGCUCGAGCCUGUGACCGUAAAACGGAUUUACACACAAGAGCACGAGGGUUCAUUUGCGCCCGUGACCGUGCAGGGGACCGUCGUGGUGGACCAGGUCCUUGCGUCCUGUUACGCAGUGAUCGAAGACCACGAGUUGGCGCACUGGGCCCUGGCACCUGUCAGGCUCGCCCACUGGGUGUCCACAUCACUUUUCAGUUCCCAGCCUCGUGCCAGUGCGCAAAACGACGGGGUGCAUUGGUACUCCAAGAUCCUUUAUCAAUUAGGAACAUGGCUUUUGGACAGCCACUCGAUCCAUCCACUGGGGAUGUCAGUGCGCCCAAGUUGAAACCUCUUGUACAGGAGCUGAGUGAGACUGAACUGUUGGACACACGGACUAUUCAGUAGAUGAAAAAAAUAAAAUAAUAAUAAUAAUGAAAAGAAAAAAAAAACGAACAAACAGACAUGACAAAGGCCCCAGCGGAGUUGGGAUAUUUAUUUCACUGACUUUUCCAUGUGUCCCCUUUCAAAGAAUGAAUGGAGCCUUAAAAAGUUUCUCUUUGAAUAAUUUAUUCUCAUGUGAACUCGAUGCUGUCACACAAAUGGAUUCUGAAAACGGUGUGAGUGGCAAAUUGUGCAUAAUCUAUUUUUGUAUAUCUCAAAUGCAAAAAGAAAAAAAGAAAAAAAAACAAGAAAAAAAGAAGAAAAAAAUCGCAAAGAGAAAGAAGACCAUGUAGAAAGAAGCUAACUCUGACAGGUUGUAAUGUUCAUAUGUGCAUAUAUGUGCAACUGACUGUUAUAUUUUGGGGAGAACAAACUUCGCGGGGUUCCAUAAAUUAUAUUUUUAUACACAGAAUUGUAAAUUAGAUUUUGACAGAUCGCUACCGAAUCACAUUUCGUUAUUUGAAAUAGUGUAAGAUAUGAGAAUAUAUUUUAAUUUAAAUACAGUAGUUGGGAAAGUAUUGGAAAAUCUUGUACUGCUUGGUUUAUUAAGAUUUUUAUUAUUUCGGAAACUGUUGUUUUAAGUUGUCGGAGAGGGACAGAUAUUCUGCCUCAUGUCUGCAUUCUCUGCUUUUAUUUUGUUGUGUUUCUAUUCCUCUGUUUUCUUCUGAGAAAAAUAUUAAAUGCAGAUUCUGACAAUUCAGUAACAGUUAAAGUAGUACUGAAACAGUUUCGUUAAAUAAAUUAAUAAGUAACUCCUGUAAAUGUACUAAAAUGUAUUUUUCUUUUCAUAUUUUGUAAUAGGGAAAUAGUUUUAUAGAAAUGAACUGCGGCAGAUGCAAAGUUUGGAUAGUCUAUAUAGCCAGACCAUACCAGUUAACUUUCAUAACAGGGCGAUGCGUCAAAAAUGUCUAGAGUUUAUUAUUUAUAUGUUUAUUACAAAAUGAGAUAAAGAAAAUCUUCAAACUUGCA